CUUCUACCUCAAAAUCCUUCUGCUUCCCUCUUGGUAAGUCUUUUUGGAUUUCAGAACUGAAUAGGACUAGGAUUUUAUUUUAUUCUUUUCCUUCCAAGAUGUCUGGAGUCUUUGUUUAGCGCUAUAUUUAGGUUUACCUCAAGUUUCGAUUUUGCUGAUAAACCUGUGACCCAAAUCCAAACUUCAGUUGAGUUUAGUGUCAGCUUAAAACCACAUGAAACUGUCAUGUGUCAUAUGACUUCUCUAGCUGAGACCACAAGUGGUGGUGGUGUUUUUUCAUGACAGCUUCUUAUUGGGACUUUUGAAAUGUGGACGCAUUAUCUAAUACAUGUAUUAUGUUACUUGUGUAUCAUUGUCCAAGGUCAGUCAUCACUGGGAGGUUAUGACUGACAUUUACUCACCAUAACCACAUGUUAUAUUAGACAGUCUAUUAACUCAGAAUGCAGGUCCUGGUUUUCAGUUUACAGCUUUUACCAGCUGCCAACAUGUUAUCUCUAAUGAACAUGGAGCCAGAAAUACAGCCAUACUUAAAUAGAAGAUUCUUGGCUAUGCAGAUAAGGAAGAAGUGUUUCAGUGAAGGCAAUAUUUUUGUACUAUUCUAGAGUAGAAAUGAAGAUUAUACACAAACUGACCCAAUGCUGUUUUCUUAGGGUGCAUCCUUUGUUUUUCUGGUUUCGGUCUUUUCAUCAUAGGAUGGCAUUAGCUCUGUGUCUGCAGGUGCUGUGCAGCCUGGGGGGCUGGCUCUCGCUCUACAUUUCUCUCUGCCGCCUGAAUAAGCACCGAAGCUAUGAGUGGAGUUGCCGCCUGGUUACGUUCACCCAUGGAGUCCUCUCUAUAGGCCUCUCAGCUUAUAUUGGCUUCAUUGAUGGCCCUUGGCCUUUUACCCACCCAGGCUCACCCAAUACACCUCUCCAAGUGCACGUUCUGUGUCUCACCUUGGGCUACUUCAUCUUCGACUUGGGCUGGUGCAUCUACUUCCAGUCUGAGGGAGCCCUGAUGCUGGCUCACCACACACUGAGUAUCUUGGGCAUCAUCAUGGCCCUGGUGCUUGGAGAGUCAGGCACAGAGGUCAAUGCAGUCCUCUUUGGAAGUGAGAUUACCAACCCCUUGCUCCAGAUGCGCUGGUUUCUCCGUGAAACAGGGCACUACCAUAGUUUCACUGGAGAUGUGGUGGACUUCUUCUUUGUGGCUCUGUUCACUGGAGUGAGGAUUGGCGUAGGAGCUCGCCUCCUUUUCUGUGAAAUGGUCUCACCCAAGCCCAAGUGGUUUGUAAAGGUUGGGGGAGUAGCUAUGUAUGCUGUGUCUUGGUGUUUCAUGUUUAGCAUCUGGCGCUUUGCAUGGAGGAAAAGCAUCAAGAAGUACCAUGCCUGGAGAAGCAGGCGGAGUGAGGAGUGGCAGCUAAAACAUAAUGGACAUCUCAAGACGCGCUAGCCAAGGCUUGCUCCAGAAAAUGGAGUGGGUUAAGUCAGCCAUGGGAACCAGGUUGGAAAUAUGGCUGUUAUGGAAUCACGCUUAUAACAAACUUAGGUUUCUAAAAAGGGCUAAAUUUAUCGAUCAGUUUGGUGGGUCUUUGAGUGGAGCACGUACCAGUAUUAAAACACUAAUGUCUACAGUCGCAUAGUUGUAGAAAGUGAGACUCCUCAGUGGUAGUUGUGCAUAAGUCAGAACUGUGAGGUGAGCACUACUGCAUUCCUUUUAGUCUGUGGUGACCCUGGGUGCCCUUGCCCCUGGGAGGCUUGAUGGUCAGACAGCUUAAAAGGGAACUCGAAAAAGAUUAAUGCUGUUUCUUCCUUAUUCCUUUGAGAAGUGACUCCUUCAACAAACACUUUCCACGUAGCAAUUUAUAUAAAUUCAUCCCAUUUACUAUAAAGGGAGGAACUUUCAGGAAGAUGCGUGCCUUUGGCAUUCUGACUAUUGGAUCAGGGGAUUGAAUCUGCUUAAACAAAGGGGGAUAGAGGAUGAGAGAAGGAUGGGGGUGAGACUGUGGUAGUGGUGGUGAGUACUUACUGAGCCUCCCUGUACCAACUGUGUGGGGGUCCCCACACCCACCCUCAGGUUCGCUAGGACGACUCACAGGACUCAGCACGUAGUCAUACUCAUUGCUUUGAUAUAUUACAGCGAAAGGAUACCAAGAAAGAUCAGCAAAGGGAAAAAGCACCGGGGGCAAAGUAUAGGGGAAACCAGGCCCAAGCUUCCAGAGCCCUCUCCCAGUGGGAUCACACAGGAUGUGCUUAAUUCCACUAUCAACGAUUUGUGGCAAUAUGUGUGAAAUGUCCACCAAGGAAGCUCAUUAGAGACUCAGUGCCCAGGGUUUUU